AAAAAAAAAAAAAAACUUUAAAAUAAGAAAAAAGCAGCCUUGCACAUUUCCACCCUCCCACCCCACCUGCUCGGAAAGCAGUGCCCACUCGCCACAUUGUCUAUGCGCAACACUAAAAUCCUCUCGGGUUCUUCUCACCCGGAGUUUGCUAAACUUGUAUGCAAGCGUCUUGGCACCAAGCCGGCCGAUACAACCUUGAAAAAGUUUAGCAAUAAAGAAACAAGCGUUGAGAUCGGUAAUGCAGUUACUUGAGCUUCUCUUAUUACACCCUUGGUAUUUAUCUAUUGGCAUUCUUAUUACUGUUAUUUAGGAGUUUCUGUACGUAAUGAAGACGUUUUCAUUAUCCAGUCUGGUUCCAACGAAAUGAACGAUAACAUCAUCGAGAUGUGUAUCAUGAUUCAAGCAGCUCGCAUGGGUUCGGCCAAGAGAAUUACUGCUGUUUUACCCUACUUCCCUUACUGCAAGCAAAGCAAGCGCAAAGGUCGAACCUGUAUUACUGCCAAAUUGGUGGCCAAUAUGCUUGCAGUUGCAGGUGUAGAUCACAUCAUUACAAUGGAUUUGCACGCUUCUCAAAUGCAGGGUUUCUUCCAAAGACCGGUUGAUAAUUUAUAUGCAGAACCUGUCAUUGCCAAAUGGAUCACUCAAACCGUGCCCAACUGGGAAAAUGGCGUGGUUGUAAGCAAAAAUGCAGGUGGCGCCAAAAGAGUGACGUCCUUGGCCGACGCCCUUCGAUUGGAUUUUGCAUUGAUUCAUAAAGAUCGAUCCCGCUCUGGUCCUCAUGGCGCCAAUCGCCCCUACAGUGGUAUGCCCAAAGCCAAUGCUGAUGGUGUGUCGACGGUCCGCGAAGUCGAAACCGAAGAAUUGAUGGCCUCGAUCUCGUCUAUCAGUGAGACAGGAUCUAAUGGUGACGUUGUCAACGCUGCUGUGUCGGUGGUCGCCAAUACGGAAGGUGAAGAAAGUACCAUCACACUUGUCGGUGACGUCAAGGGUAAAGUGGUGUUUUUGACGGACGAUAUAAUCGAUGGAUGUGGCACGUUCCUUGAUGCUGCAGAGCAUUUGGUGAAAAAAUGCGGUGCAGACAAGGUUUACAUCAUUGCCACCCAUGGUGUACUCAGCGGCGAUUCGAUUAAAAAAAUCGAAGCUUGUGACAGUGUUUACAAGUUGGUGGUGACAAACACGUUCCCACUUCCCAAGGAAAAAAUGAAUCAAUGCACCAAAUUAGAAGUGAUUGAUAUUUCCAAUACCUUUUCAGAAGCGAUUCGAAGAACGCACAAUGGUGAAAGUGUGAGCUAUCUGUUCAACCAUGCGGAUUAGAAAGUUGAAAAAAAAAAUCCCAACCAGCGAAUUCUUUCUUUUUGUCUCCUCUCUCCCAUAUUAAGCAACUACUGCUUCUCCUAAUCUAGAAUAAAAUAGAAAAGAGUGAAAAAUAUUCAAUACAAGGAGGGUCUUUUUUUUUUCUUCUAAACACACAGAAAAAAAAACCAAGCGAAAAAAAAAAGACGACAAGAGAAAAAAAAAU